GGCCGGCAUAGCGGCUCAGGCAGGAGCCCCGUCCUGUCACAGCUCAGGGCAGGUGCGCCCAAUGUCUGCGGAGGCAGCCGUAGACCUAUGUGACCCUGAAUUUGACAGUGGCAAGGUGAAAGAGCAGAGCAUGGUUUGCCGAUGCUGUGUAUACUGCCACGUGAAGUUUGUGCAGCCCUGUCUGGUGGAACUGCUGGGCUCCGCCUUUUUCGUAUUUAUUGGGUGUCUGUCUGUUAUCCACAAUGAGAUGGGCACUGGACUUUUGGGGCCAGCCCUGGCCCACGGGAUGGCCUUGGGCCUCAUCGUUGCCAUGCUGGGGAACAUCAGUGGUGGACACUUUAACCCGGCCGUGUCCCUGGCAGCUAUGCUGACUGGAGGCCUCAGCCUGAUGAUGCUUCUUCCCUAUUGGUUCUCCCAGCUGUGUGGGGGACUGAUAGGGGCUGUCUUGGCCAAGGAGGUGAGUUCCAAGGAAAGGUUCCAGAACACGUCAGGGGCGGCCUUUGUGACGGUCCAGGAGCCAGGGCAGGUGAUGAGGGCGGUGGUGAUGGAGUUCAUCCUGACAACGCUGCUGUGUCUGACUGUGUGCAUGAGCACCAUCAACCAGAGGACCAAGAGCCCCUUGGCCCCCUUUGCCAUCGGCUGUGCAGUCACCGUGGCUAUCCUGACUGGGGGCACUAUAUCUGGAGCUUGCAUGAACCCUGCCCGUGCCUUUGGACCUGCUAUAAUGGCCAACCACUGGAAAUUCCACUGGAUCUACUGGGCGGGCCCACUUCUGGCCAGCCUGCUUGUAGGAGUGCUCAUCAGGCUCUUCCUUGGAGAUGAGAACACCCGCUUAAUCCUGAAGUACCAAUGAAGCUGAGAGGGUGCCGGCUCCUGGGGCCCUCUGGUGAUCUGCCUUGGACUACGGACAGCACAACUCCCAUGGUUCCUGCUGGCAGAGCGUAAAGGAGCAUGAGACCUGCAUCCGCUGUUCGGCCUUGCUGCUUAGAUAGAUCCCUGCUAAGUCAGGAAGACACGUUCCUUGAGUUCCUCCAUAUUCCUUAGAGAAUUGGCCUUGUUAAUGUGUUGUCAGUGCUGUCAAGAGGGAGGUGGAAAACAGAGGCUUUCCUCACAGGGGAGGUCCCAGGGAAAGAGAAACCACUGGAGGAAGUAGCUAAUUGACGGAAGUAAGUACAUUGCACCAUCCCCAUCCCCUUUCUUUCUCCGCCUCUCCUAUUCCUUGAUUCCCAUGCACAGAGGGCCUUCAGUGACCUGAACAUUUCCCUGUUUCCUGAUCUGCCAACCCAGCUUUGAAAUAAUAAAUAAGUAGUUUGCAGUAAACCGUUCCAUACCUCU